AUGAAGAGACGACAUGCCUACAAAAGCUACCUCGGUCCAUCAUCCAAGAAGAGAGAACUACCGCGAUCGACGUACUACUUACGGCGUGUAAAAAAGACGCACGAAUCCGACCAGGAGGGACAUCCCACACAGAGCAGAGCAGUCCUUCCCGACACCUCAUCCGACGAACACGAUUCCGACCACGAGGGACAUCCCACACAGAGCAGAGCAGUCCUUCCCGACACCUCAUCCGACGAACACGAUUCCGACCACGAGGGACAUCCCACACAGAGCAGAGCAGUCCUUCCCGACACCUCAUCCGACGAACACGAUUCCGACCACGAGGGACAUCCCACACAGAGCAGAGCAGUCCUUCCCGACACCUCAUCCGACGAACACGAUUCCGACCACGAGGGACAUCCCACACAGAGCAGAGCAGUCCUUCCCGACACCUCAUCCGACGAACACGAUUCCGACCACGAGGGACAUCCCACACAGAGCAGAGCAGUCCUUCCCGACACCUCAUCCGACGAACACGAUUCCGACCACGAGGGACAUCCCACACAGAGCAGAGCAGUCCUUCCCGACACCUCAUCCGACGAAUUCCGAGCAGUGCACUCAGGGUACCGGAGGUACCCUAUCCUGUGCCACAGGGCUGGUAGAGUGUGAAUCGACUCCAAACCUUACCCAAUCUGUGUCCGUUCCAGCACGAUUCCGACCACGAGGGACAUCCCACACAGAGCAGAGCAGUCCU